GGGGCUUCCGUAAAACUAAAGGCGCGAGUUCAGCAGCGGUAACUUACAGCUCCUUAUAUUUACCUCUUCGGGAAAUGUGUUCACUCAGCCUGUUCCCCGCGCCCGUGACCGCCGGACUGACGCUGCGCGAGCACAACAACGAGCUCGUGCCCGGACAGCCCCACACACAGUGGUCGGAUCUCCCCAGUCCUCAGUUCACCAGAGACUCUCUGAAGGGUCACAGUCGCCCCGAGAGCAGCAGCAAAUCUGCCUUCCUGGACCAGAGGGACACGCUGUGGAUGAGGAGCGCCGGAGCCUGGCGAGAUGCGGGUCUGUACGGUCUCUUAGACGAGAUCACGAGCAGUGCUGAUGAAGUGCCCAGGUGCCUGUCGGUGGGCUCGGCCUGUCUGCUGGCUCUGCUGAGAUGGGCAUCCUCGUUCCACGGCUCUCUGUUCCCUCAUCUGACCCUGAGCCGCGACGAGAUGGUGGCAGAGUUCUCACAGAUGCUGGACUGGUCUGACGGCGCUCUGAGGAGCUUCGCUUGGCAUCCGCACACGGAUAAGUUCGCUGUGGCGUUACUGGACGACUCCAUCAAGAUCUACAAAUCCCACAGCGUGACGAGCCCGACGCUGAAGCACCGCUGUCAGAGGUCUGUGUGUGCGCUGCAGUGGAAGCCUCUGUGUGGCUCUGUCCUCGCUGUGGCCUGUCAGUCCUGUCUGCUCAUCUGGCACGUGGAGCCCACCUCUCUCUCUACCAGGCCGUCGUCCGGCUGUGCGCAGGUCCUGUCUCACCCGGGGCAUUCUCCCAUCACAUCCAUGGCCUGGUCCCCCACCGGCUCCCUGCUGGUGUCUGCGUCCCCGGUCGACUCGGCCAUGAUGGUGUGGGACGUGGCGGCCGAGAGCUGUGUUCCUCUACAGCGAGUGGGUGGCGGUGGCGUCACGUACCUGUCCUGGUCUCCUGACGGCAGCCGCCUGCUGGCCGCCACACCGUCGGCUCUCUUCAGGGUUUGGGAGACGCGCAUGUGGACCUGUGAGAGAUGGCCGUGUCUGAAAGGCAGUUGUCAGUCGGCCUGCUGGAGUCCCGACGGAGGCUGUCUGCUGUUGAGCAUUCAGGGAGAGCGGCUCGUAUACGCUCUCACCUUCUCUGACCUCACAGGGGGUCCUAAAGCCGCCACAGUGGUGGCCGACCUCUCCGAGACCAGCUUCCCUGGACCUGAUGGAGAACUCACUGUUGGGGGAGAGGUGUGCUCGCUUUCAUGGGACCCGAGAGGAGAGAGACUGGCUGUGCUUCUGAAAGGCGAUCCUGUGGCCGAUAAUCACCCGUCGGUGAUAGCCGUGUUCAAGACGCGCUCCGUCCCCGUCUUCGAGCUGCUGCCCUGUGGUUUUGUGAUGGGAGAGGCCGGAGCCGAACCCAGAUUCAUGCAGUUCCACCCGCACUUCCAGCACGGCGCGCUGCUCACUGUGUGCUGGUCUGACGGGCGAAUCUCUCACGUGCCGUUUUACUUCAGCAGCGCGGGGCUUUUAGGAGAGUCACAGAAGCAAGUCCUCGCCAGCAACACAACCCAUGCUCCCGCCAACAAACUCUACACUGAGAUCAUCUCAUGAACACAUUCACUAGCUCCACUUCACCUGUCAGCUGUCAUAAUAAACUAUUUUUGCAGCAUAA